AUCUACAAGCCAAUUAAGAAUAGAGGAGAGAGGCCCUUCAACAUCUUCUCUGCCACUAUGCGCAACUCUAACUUCAACUUGAUGGCAAGACAGUCCGAGGCUUCCUCUUCUUCCUCCUCCUCCUACGCCUCCUCCACUGCUGGAUCUUCAACUUACAAUGUGUUUCUCAGCUUUAGGGGUGAAGACACUCGCAAGAGCUUCACUGGCCACCUCUACCGUGCUCUGAACAGAGAACAGAUCAAUGUCUUUAUGGACAGCUACAAACUGUGGGAGGGAGAGGAGAUUGGGACAACACUUGUCAAGGCAAUUCAAGGGUCCAAAGUCUCUAUUGUUGUCUUCUCUAAAGGCUAUGCCGAUAGCAAAUGGUGCUUGAAGGAACUCGUCAAGAUAUUGGAGUGCCAUAGAUCCAAAGAUCAGAUUGUUCUCCCAAUAUUCUUCGAUGUUGAUCCGUCAGAUGUUCGACAUCAGACCGGAAGUUUUAAAGAAGCGUUUCUUGAACAUGAGAUGAAUUUCGAUCUCCAUAUCGUAGCGCAAUGGAGGGAUGCUUUGACAGUGAUAGGGAAUCUGGAGGGAUGGGUUCUCAAUGAAAUCGAAAAUGGGGAUGAAUCAAAGCUAGUUGAGCUUGUUGUUGGGAGGGCUUUGAGAGAAACAAGGAACAUUCUCUUGAGUGAUGUUAAAUACCGUAUUGGAUUAGAUUCCCGUGUGAACGAUCUACUAUCUUUACUAAAUAUUGGUAGCAAAGAUGUUCGUUUUAUUGGAAUAUGUGGCAUUGGGAAGACAACCAUUGCAAAGUCUCUCUACUAUUGCAUCAAUAACAGCUUUUGUAAGAGUUGCUUUCUUCCAAACAUUAGAAAAGAAGUAUCAGCACCAAAUGGAUUAGUUUCUUUGCAAGAGAAACUUAUCUAUGGUAUCUCGAAAAGAAAUGUUCACAGUGAAAUAUUGAGUGUUGAUAGCGGAAAACAAUUCAUAAAUAGAAAUCUCCAAGGAGAAAAUGUUCUUCUUAUGCUUGAUGAUGUGGAUCAUCGUUCCCAACUCAAUGCUUUGGCUAUUGAUCUGAAUUGGCUUGGUCGAGGAAGUAGGGUUAUAAUAACGACAAGAGAUGAGCAGAUUCUAAAUGUGGCUAACAUUGAUAAAGAUAAAAUAUAUUGGCCUAUGCAAUUGGAUGAUGAUGAAUCUCUUCAACUCUUUAGUUUGCAUGCCUUUCAAAAGGACAAACCUUUUGAAGAGUAUAGGGAGCUUUCAUGUGCUGUGGCAAAUUAUUCGGGAGGGUUGCCCUUGACUCUAGAGGUGUUGGGUUCCUACCUAUUAGAUGUAAGAAGCAAAGAAGUGUGGGAAAGUACAAUACAAGAAUUCAGAGAAAUUCCUCCUAAAGAGGUCUAUGAAAGGUUGAAGAUAAGCUAUGAUAAUCUAGAAAACGAUUAUCAGAAAGCCAUAUUUCUUGAUUUUGCAUGCUUUUUCGUUGGAUGGGAGAUAGAAAAUGUAAUUUCCCUUUGGGAAGCUUGUGGCUUUUAUCCUAGAUCAGCAAUUGAAAGACUAACUAAAAGGUCCCUUCUAAAAUUUGAAUAUGACGAGGAUGGUGGCUGCCACUUGAGGAUGCAUGAUCAGAUUCAAUACAUGGGAAAGCAAAUUGUUUCAAAAGAAAGCUUUAGAGAGCCAGGUAAGCGUACCAGGUUGUGGUCUCAUGACGAAAUCUUGGACGUAUUAGAAGGAAACAAGGGAAGUCGCAAAAUAGAAGGAAUUGUCCUUCCCACUAGCUUGCCGAUUAAUUUAACUUGUGAACACUUUGAGAUGAUGUCCAACCUAAGAUUCCUCAACAUCAAUCCAAAAAGUUUCGUGGGAGAUUUUUCACACCUUCCUUCUGCAUUAAGAUGGUUCAAGUGGAAUGGCUGUUCUUGGGAUAAUGAAGCAACCAAUUUUUAUCAUAGGAGACUAGUUCAUCUCGACCUAUCAUUUAGCGAGAUUAAACAAGUUUGGAAUAUUUGGCCUCAAAAUGAAAAUAAGCGGUUCCAAAAUUUGAAAGUUCUUAAUCUUAGUAAUUGUGGAUAUUUAUCCAAGUCCCCAAACUUUUCAUGGUUUCCUUGCUUGGAGCAGUUAGAUCUUGGAUAUUGCAGAUCCUUGGAUAAGUUAGACGAAUCCCUCGGGCAAUUGACUAAGCUAAAAAGUCUUAUUCUUGAAUUCUGUGAUUCGCUAGAGGGAUUGCCUGAAUCCAUUGGUGAUCUAAAAUGUUUGAUUGAGCUCAAAUUGAGCAAUGUUACAAGAAUGAAGGAAUUGCCAGAUGGUGUUGGACAAUGAGAGAAGCUUAGGGUAUUAAAUGCUAGCCAUUGCUAUUCAUUGUUAAGACUACCGGAUUUGUCAAGGCUGAAAAUUUUGAGGAGAUUAUCUUUCGACAAUUGUGAGAAGUUGGAAGAGAUUCGAGGCCUUGAGGGAGCGAGAUCCUUCGAAGAUUUGAAUGCCAUAGGAUGCUGUGACUUGACACAUACUCCAAAGAAGAUACAUGGCCAGGGAUUACUUUCAGCUGUGAGGUCACAAAAAUUUAGUUAUUCCUCGAGUAGUGCUAAUGAUGGGAUCUGUUUUAAGGGGUUAAUUCUGUGCAUUGUUUUUGAAUUCCCCCCUGACUUCAUGGACAGCCUGAAAUUCAAACAGGGUCAGCGACAAACCAUCUAUUUUGACAUUUUGGCUUCUAUCCGCCAAAAUGUUAAAACAGUCAGGGGUCGUCAUACACUGAGAAUUGAGGACGUUGAGUAUACUACUCAACGAGAUAUAAUCUACAUUCAUCAUUUCAAAGGCUUUGACUGGUUUGGGAUUCUGUUGCAAG